AUGGCGGACACGACGAAGCCAACAGAAGAGGCCGGAUCGCCUGCUGCCGCUGAAGCCACAGCACCACCUCCUGUCGCUGCUGCCGCUGAAGCCUCAUCACCACCUGCUGGCGCUGCCAAGUCACCCAAGUCACCCAAUUCACCUCCAGGGACAGCAUCGCCAAGGUCAGGGACGGGCAUCGCUGCUGACAAUGAAGUAAUCGAUGCGGAAGAAGUUGAUAACGACGAUGAAUCCGCACUCGCCGACUCCAUCGCCACAUACACUACCUCCCUCACCUCAAGCAUCUUCAACUACCCCGUCGAAUAUGGCCGCCGGUACCAUGCCUACCAAGACGGCAGAUACACAAGGCCAAACGAUGAGUUGGAAAUGGACCGUCUUUUGCUCUUGCACACAAUUGUCACCACCGCACAAGGUGGAUUGUAUCAGGCACCCAUCGACGUCGACCGGCCGCAGCGCAUCCUCGAUAUUGGCACUGGCAACGGCGUCUGGGCCAUUGAGAUGGGCGACCUGCUACCCAACUCCAUCGUUAUCGGCAACGACCUCAGCGCCAAUAUGCCUGCUUUCGUGCCGCCCAACGUCAAAUUUGAGGUCGACGACGUCGAGAACGAGUGGAUCUACGACCAGCCGUUUUCCUACAUCUUCUGCCGCUACAUGGCUGCCAGCAUCAAUGACUGGCCCCAGCUGAUCCGCCGCACGUAUGACAACAUUGAGCCAGGCGGCUGGGCCGAGUUCCAGGACUUUGACCUAACCUAUUAUUCGGAAGACGGCUCCCUGGGCCCCGAAAACCCGCUCCUCGUCUGGAUCACGAGGGCCUGCAAUGCUGCCGAAGCCAUUGGGCGGGACACGCGACCUGGGUCCAAACUGAAGGGCUGGUUCGAGGAGACCGGUUUCACCAACAUCGUCCACCGCCGGUACAAGCUGCCCAUUGGCACAUGGCCCCGCGAUCCCGUCCUCAAGCAGAUUGGUCUUUACAACUACAUGCAGAUCAACCAGGGACUGGAAGGCCUCUCCAUGCGCCUCUUCACAAAUGUGCUCAAGUGGACCAGCGAGGAGGUCGUGGUGAUGCUGGCCAAUGUGCGCAAGCAGCUGCACGACCCGACCAUCCACGCCAUCCUGGACUACCACGUUGUGUACGGCCAGAAGCCGGAGUGA